UCAGUGUGCAGCUGGUGUGUGUUGUGAUGUGUACAUUCCCGUGCACUGGUUGAGCCGAGCCCGACGCACCUUCCACAGAGCCGAGUCAGACGCACUCGCCGUAUAGCUGAGCCAGACGUACCUUCUGCGGAGAUAAGCCAGACGAGCCUAAACCGCGAUAAAGCAAACGUAUACACCAUAGAGCUUAGCCAGACGCACCUGCCACAAAGAUAAGGGAAAUGCACUCACUGUAGAGCUGAGGCAGAUGCACCUUCAAUAGAGCUGCAAGACUCAACUUUCUCAAAGCUGCCUCAGAUGCACCUUCAACAGAGCUGCCAGACGCAACUUCCUCAAAGCUGCCUCAGAUGCACCUUCAACAGAGCUACCAGACGCAACUUCCUCAAAGCUGCCUCAGAUGCACCUUCAACAGAGCUGCCAGACGCAACUUCCUCAAAGCUGCCUCAGAUGCACCUUCAGCAGAGCUACCAGACGCAACUUCCUCAAAGCCGCCUAAGAUGCACAUUCCACUGAGCUGAACCUGAAGCACCGUCUCAUUCACCUAACCAGGAAUGCACUGCCGCUAGCUCAAUGCCCAUCGUAUGCUCUCAUAACACCAUCGUCUACCAUGUACUACCGCAAAACCAACCUAAAAUCUACUGAAUGCCUGUCAAAUAUAGUCUUAAUUCACAGAAACGUUUUGUAAACACACACCAUUUACUGACUUAAUCUUACCAAAUGUUGUUUAUUCUCAUCCCCAGCAGUUGUUGUCUUUAAACCCACCAAACACUGUUUUAGCACCCACCAAAUGUUGUCUUGGCACCCAGUAAGCGUUGUCUUAACUUCCACCAAAUGUUGUCUGCACACGUACCAAACACUGCCUUGACACCCACCAAACGUGUCUGAACUCCCACUGAAAUUUGUGUGAAUUCCCACUGAACUGUGUGAAGUCUCCCUGAAAGUUGUCUUAACACAAAACAUUGUUUAAACACAUACCAAACUUGGAAUGAAAAACACGAAUGUGCAGAAUACCUGAAAUUACAAAAACGGUUCCUGUAUUAGCUAUGACUCCCCUAGGCGGCUGCCACUUUUAAGAGACUAUAUAUACACACCAUCAAACACUACAAAACAAAUAAUAAAAUCUGCUUCGUGAGGAAAAGUUAAUAUAACAGAAAUGGAGGAUUUUAGAUAAUUUAAAAAAAAAAUAUUAUGCUUGUAAGGUGACUUUUUUUUUAAAUUACAAAGAAAAUGGAGGAAAUCUUUUAGUACAGAGUAAAUAAUUUCGGAAAAAAAAAGCUAGGUAAGAAUUGUUUUUCAGCUUCAUACACAAAUAAAAGAAGAAAAAACUGAAGAUAAAGAAAAAAAAAUCUAAAAUAACUGAAUCAGAGAAAAAUCAAUGAACGUAUUUUUCUCAUUAAAGAGUUGAAAAAACCUGAAGAAAACAUGAAAAAGAUGAAGGAAUUAAACGAUAAAUCAAUUGUUAAAACAUGUGACAAAUCAGAAAAUGGGAAUAAAUCUUGGAAUUCAUGUAUUUUUGUAGAACAGAAUAAAAUACCAAUAAUUAAUGAGAUGGAAAAGAGCUCUUCAACUACGUCAGAAAGGAAAAAAAGUUUUUCCAAGAUUUUAGUGAAAAGGCAACAUAGUUUAAAAACCAAGUCAACGUUUAUUUGUAAGUUAAUACCAGGAGAACGAAUGAGCGGCAAUAACCCUCAGUCACAGAUUUUGCCAGAGACUGGAUCGUGGGGGAAUCCCAAGUUAUGCAUCAAGAGAGUUGUAUCAUCUCUAAGGAUCAUCCUCGACAUUCUAUCCAUUGGGAUACUCUCUUUUUGGCAAAGAAUAAAUACUAACCUAAAAUUCAUUACGUCUGGUAUUUCACAGAUUGGUAAAGCAUUUAUAUCCUUGUUGAUCGAAGUCAGCCCAAGAAAACUGGUAAAACAUUUCUUGACUUUUUUCUGCUACAUCAUCCCCAGUCUGAAGUAUCGUUCACUCCCAUUAGUCCUCUGCAACUUAACUUCACCGAGGAGGAUUAAGAAACUGGUAAGUCUGUACCUGAGACACGCACCGGUGCGUAUGAUAGCCUGGCACUCUAACCUGUGCCUUCGGGCAAAUAGCCCCGGCAAGAAGCUUAUUAGAAAUAUGAGCCAGUUGCUUCGCUUUCCUACAUUAUUGCUGGAAACUAUAUUCAUGGCUGCUGUGUGUAUCCUCAACGCUCUUUCCAGGUCCCUGGAUUUCUUCAGUGGUAACGCUACAAAAGAGGUCAGAAAACGCCCAUCUUUCUCAUCUUGGAGACAAAUGAUGAAGCAAAACUCUGUAAAUAAUGGCCAAAAUGAAUGUCAAGAAGCUCGAUGACAAAGAUAUUUAUUGUUGGUGCACGCAAGUAGAGAGUGUUGUGAUUGCUUAUUCUAUGAACUUAUACUUGCUUGCAGGGAUUGACGCUCAUCUCCUUGCUCCAGCUUUUGACUAUGUCAGCUGGCGUAGUUGAUGCUUUGUCCAGUGGAUAUUUUUGAACCUUCUUGUAAAUCCUGGUAAAGAAACUCCAUCAAGCUUAUUUAAUUUUAUCACUAUUAUGGAAAUUAGCGUGCAUAAACCCCAAACAUAUGCUAGUAAACAUUAAGUGUUUAGUAUCUUAGGAAGCGAUAUCAGCAUAUGGCAACUCAGGGGAGAGUUGAGAACCAGUUUAACAAAAUUACUUUUUCCUUGAGAAGCGACAGAGAGAGGGAGGUUCAACAUGGAAGCUGCGCUAAGCUGUUCGUGUCAACAUCAGUAUCUCCUCUCACCUCACAAAAUACUCAUCUGGCAUUGCAGUAGAAGCAACUGUAGAGGCCUUCCCUACAGAGAUAACUACCAAAGAAUUUAUUGCACCCUCGGUUCCAAGCCAAAGUUACUAACACAUCAGUUGAUUACAGGAACCAUUCAUGACCUUAUGGGUCAAGUUACCCAGGGUUAAUCAACUGGGAACUUUAGGUAGGGACAUCCUCCUCUCCAACCUAAGUCUGUUCCAUUUAUGCAUGACGAGGUGGGACCUUGCUGGUUCUUAGUUCCAUUAGUUGCAAGAAAGGAGAAGAUUCAGUAUAUCACUUGUGGGGAUAGAAUUGUUAAUUUUACAAUAACCACAUCAGCGGUGAUUGCAUCAAGAGUCGAACACUUCACAGGUUUCUACAACCAUCGUCUGAGUAAAAGUUCUGCUUCUCUGGGUGUUUAUUCGAUAGCUCGUUCUGGUUCCUAUCAAUCAGACCGCCGAGUCAAAAACGGGUAACCAACGAUCGCUUCUCUGGUGUCAUAGGGCCAUGGGCUACCAUAGCUCUCCCACCAAGAUGAUGAUAAAUACCCAGAUCUGGAAAUUUUUUCUAACUAACAAGAAUUUUGCGCUUUUUUAUUUGCCGAGUCAUUACAAAGAAAGCCAUUAGCAUACAAAGAAUAGCCAUUGUUAUUCACAAUGGCUAACCUGUAUGCAGGCCAUAACAUGAAGGGCAGGAUUCUCCUUAUUUUCUAUAAUUUUACAGUGAUAAGUGAUCCUGAAUCUUUAAGGUAGUAUUGAUCAUUAGAUCAAGUAUCAUAAGUAGCUUUUUCAUAAAAUGUCCAGGAAGGUGAAUAGCAAAAUACAAACAAAUAAUUUAAAAACGUUUAAUAAGUCCAUGGAGUAACUUUGUACAUAUAACAAAACAAACAAUAUAAAAAAAAAAAUAUUAGUCUACUCAGUGUCGGAUAAAUCUGAUUUUCAUAAAUUUACACUACUUUAAAGACAGAAAUAAGGAGUACAUUUACUUUGUGCAGCUGUUACAUUAACGUUAGUUAUGUGCAAGUUACAAUUAAUCCACACAUCGACAACUCCCUAAUUAUGUACAGUAUACGUACCAUACAAACCAUACCACGGGUGGGGUUAGAACCCCGAGAUCAUAGAGUCGGUCUGGAGUUUAAUGACUGAUCGCGGGUUCUAACCCCACGCAUGGUUGGUUUGUUUGCAAUCGUGUCAUUACGAUUUCGUGAGUCAUGUCCGACAAUACAACUUUGGCAUACAUGGGCGAACAUGGGUCAGCAGCAAACGCCAUGAAGAUCCAAAUACCACGACAAUAUCUCAAUCACUGUUAUACACUGUGGAAGUUCACAGACAAAAGAGAAACAAUAAGAUCAAAUAAACUCUGCACAGCACAGUCAAGACAUAAGUACAUGCAACCAUCAGAAGAAAAACAACGAAGUCCUAAAUAUGAUUCACAAAUACGAGACGCAUCUCUCUGCCUCAUCAACAAUGUGAGAUCUCAGGAGAACCCAUAAGCACAACUGAAGAGAGUACUGCUGGAGUGUGUUGCUAGGCGUCCGUCUACCACGGUAUUUUGACAAGGAAAAAUAACUAGUGAGAACAACGGUGCCACACUAGGCGAAAUUCUGGAAGCAUAGAUUAAGCUGCAUGGGUAAGGAAAACCCAACAAAAAUACUGGUUUUACAAUAGUGAGAAGUGGAGGAACCACCCACUAGAAAUGAAAUAUAAUUUAUUUGAAAAAGAGCACGGAUAUCAUUCCAGCUUUAGACGACAAUAAAUGUAUUGGUGAGAAAGCUGAAUAUAUUAAAAUAAUAAUAAUAAUGAUACAAAAAUGAACACUAAAACAAUAGAAUUGUACAUAUUCACAUAAAAUAUGCUUAGCAGCAAAAUUAUAGUAUUGUCUGGUAUUGUUUGUAUUAAUUUAUAAAGAAGAACAUAAUGUGAAACAGUUUGCCCAUGUCUUUGCAGUUAUUUAACAAAAUUAUAUUUAUUCAUGGAGAUGUGCUAAACUCGUAAGGGUAAUACAGCUCUCGGGAAAUGGAAGGAAAUUCAGUUUUAACAAAAGAAAGGAUUUCAUUGGACCUAGAGCUAGAAAAUAGAAAGACAUUCCUCUUAGACCCCCCGACCUCCCACUUGAUAGGUACGAUAUCAGUAGCCCUGAGUAUCUUGUAUGACCCGAUCAUAUGUUCUACGAGUGAAUUGUGGUACAUUUAACAUUACCUGGUAAUUUAUGUCAAUAUGAUCAUAAACAAGUCUAGAGUACUUCUGAACAUUCUCGAGUUAUCUAGAAUACGUUUAUGUACAGCCUACACAGUGAGAAUUGUUGGAUCUGAGAGGGACGUGACCUCUCAGUGAUACAUUCUCUCUUGUACCACUCUACACCACUCCUUCCGACAGUAUACAAGUCUCUACACUGUCGCUUGAUCUUCAGAAUGUUUCAGACUAUGGAACAGAACUCUUCUCAAGGCUGAGGGACUGACAACAUCAAAUCUACGACUUCAAGGGUGAUGGACUGACUACAUCGUCUUCAUAUCUCUGCUGCUCCUGCCUACUUUCUGUACUCGACUCAAGAAACCUACUGUGUAGGCGAAACGUUUCGGAAUAAAGUUGCCUAACUGUUGUCCAUGUGUCUUACCUAACAGCCUACACACUGAAGCAGAAUACUCGAUGCUUGGCUUGAUGUGUAGAAAUAAUAUAAAAAAUAAUUCCGUGAAAACAGUGAAAAUUGUGAAGUUGGUGAAAAUAGCUCUUAAAUUUCACAGACAUUUAUAAAUUGCUGCUGUUAUUGAAAGCUUGUGUGAAUUAGAAGGUUAAGUUGAAAGUUUAUCUGGUAUUAUUACGUGUCAUUACCUUGCAAGAUAUAUUUACCUCAGUUAUCUGUGUCAUUACUGUGCGAGUAGCAUUUGCCCGAGUGUACUAUGUUAUUUACGAGUUUCAUUUCCCUACAUGAAUUAUCACGUUAUUGUUUUGUUCAAAGUAUUUACCUAUGUGAAUCAGGUGAGUUACUACUUUGCUACUUGUAUUUGCCAAUGUGAUUUAUUACUUUGCUGAUACGAGUUACUUAUGUUAUUAUUUUUUUAACUGUAGGUGCCUGGUAAAGUUAUCUAAUGUCAUUCCAUACUACGGGUGGAUAUAGAACUCGCGAUCAAUCAUUAAACUCCAGACCGGCGUGUUAGCCGCUGGACCAGCUGGCUACAAUAAGAUCUGUAGAUGAAUGGUUCAGAGAACCGACAUGUUGAUAAAUUAGACACAUGUGCAACUCUUGGGUAUCUUUAUUGAGGAAACGUUUCGCCACACAGUGGCUUCAUCAGUCCAUACAAAGGAGAAUCUUGAAGAACAGGAGGAGAAUGAGGUAAUCAGUCCCUCAACCUUGAGUCGAUGUGGUCAGUCCAUCAAUCUUGAAUAGAAUACGGCAUACGUGCUGAGAAGGAGCUUAUAAACCGUUGGCAGGAGAGGUGCAGAAGUCAUAGGUCGUGUAACAUUUGUUCAAUGUUGAAGUAGGUCGUGCCCAAGAAUUAGGCAAGCGAAGAAUUCCCAAGUAUUAAGAUCCCAAGAAGUUGGGCACGACCUACUUCAACAUUGAACAAAUGUUACACGACCUAUGACUUCUGCACCUCUCCUGCCAACUGUUUAUAAGCUCCUUCUCAGCACGUAUGCCGUAUUCUAUUCAAGAUUGAUGGACUGACCACAUCGACUCAAGGUUGAGGGACUGAUUACCUCAUUCUCCUCCUGUUCUUCAAGAUUCUCCUUUGUAUGGACUGAUGAAGCCACUGUGUGGCGAAACGUUUCCUCAAUAAAGAUACCCAAGAGUUGCACAUGUGUCUAAUUUAUCUACAAUAAGAUUCAUCCAACUAGGUAUAUUUAUUCACCAUAGGAAGGCUAGCAUAGGCACCACUGUGACCACAAAUGCAACUUUUUUUACUGACUAAUCUCUCGUCAGAGUGGCCGUGACGAACUCUAGCUCAACUCCCCUAAAAGCCGUCAUCAUGACAUCAUGACACUCUCUGAUCCCGGAUUCUAUCCCCGCCCGUUUGUUUGCAAUUAUGUCAUUACGAUUUCGUGAAUUAUCUAUGUCAUUACUUUGCUAGCUGUGAUGAAUGGUUUUGAUAACCGGGAUCACAGUGGAUGGUUUUGAAAGCCGGGAUCACAGUGGAUGGUUUUGAAAGCCGGGAUCACAGUGGAUGGUUUUGAAAACCGGGAUCACAGUGGAUGGUUUUGAAAACCGGGAUCACAGUGGAUGGUUUUGAAAACCGGGAUCACAGUGGAUGGUUUUGAAAACCGGGAUCACAGUGGAUGGUUUUGAAAACCGGGAUCACAGUGGAUGGUUUUGAAAGCCGGGAUCACAGUGGAUGGUUUUGAAAGCCGGGAUCACAGUGGAUGGUUUUGAAAGCCGGGAUCACAGUGGAUGGUUUCGAAAACCGGGAUCACAGUGGAUGGUCCCACUGUGAUCCGCCUCCUCCUGCUUCGACUCACCUGACUGCAGUAUAUAAUCCACCUCUCUGGCAUUAUGCUGUUCUUCCUACAAGAGUGAUGAACUGAACUCAUCGAUUCCAGGCUGAGGGACUGAUUACCUCAAACUACUCCUCUCCUAAUACCUUUCUGCUUUGAACAAGACUGAUGAAGCCACUGUGUGGCGAAACGUUUCUUCAAUAAAGAUUCCCAUAUGUU